AUGACCUGGAUUGUGAUUGACCGCAGUUCAAAGGGAAGUCUAUCCUCCUUCCCCCAGUCCAUGCAACGCGCAGUUCGUCCGGCUGGCCCGGCGCUGCGGCCCAAACUCCGGACGGGUAGAGCGGCGGGGAUUGAGGAGAGGCGAUCGCACAGGGGAGUAAGGAGAGUUUCCAGGGGAACUGGACAGGCGGACGGCAGCGGCAGGAGCGUGAGUACGGGGAGAGGGCGGCGGAGACGCGACCGCAGCGAAAGCGGCAAGAGCGCCCCGGAGAAGGAGGAGGCCACGAGCGAACCGAGUGCGGCAGUGCUGCAAAACGACGAGCAGGCGCACCGCUUCCUGGACAACGCGUGGGGAAAGUUUGGGGAGGCGCGUGUGCUGGUGCGCCAGAACUGCUUUCUAGCGGCGUGGAGGGAACUCAUGGAGGCGAAGGACUUCAUUGACGCCGCGGCGGGCAACUGCUCCUGCGGAUUAGACCGACACAAUCAGGCACUGGUGCAGCUGGGACACGAGUUAAGCGCGGCGACGCAGAGUUGGCUGCGGUGGGAGAGCCUGGUGGAGGGUCCGGGGUUGUCCGACCCGCCGCGGGUGGGCGGCGCGGCUGCAACGGACCCGCUGCAGUCGCAGAGGCAGGCGGAGCGACAACAGGAGCGGGAGUCGCAGCGGUCGCCGCGAGAGCGUGGCGAGAAGAAGACAAGUAAUGACGAGGCUGAAGAUGCGGGGGAGGGCCCGAAGGGGCGUGAGGGGCUCAAUGAGCACGCACUGCCGAGAGCCCCUCAAAGCGCCGUGGAGACGAAGCUCACGAUGGACAUAAAAGGCAGCGGAACGAACAUAUUUCUGCAGGGCGGGCAUUGGGACGGCGAGGAUGUCCUGUUGGACUGUAGUUUCAGGCCGGCCGCCACGCUCCGUUGGAGGGCGCCUGGGCCAGCACAGGGCAUGUGGAGCUCGCCGGCAGACCAGAUCUUCCCCCAGGGACAGUGCUUUCCGUACGCGCGUGAGGCAGGUGGCAAGCCGGGGAAGCGGUUCAGUGACGGCAUCCUGUUGGGCAAGAGUGGCCAGGCAGAGAGAACUGCGUCGCGGUCGUCCUCUGCCGCGCCGCUUUCUUUGACCGCGGCCUCCGCGGAGGAGGCGGAGGGACAGGCACAACCGAAACAGCAGGCGGCAGUGAAGGAGGGGGGAGAGCCGGCGGCGCCGAGUGGAAGCGUGGAGGGGCAGACGCAGGCGACGCCGGGGCAUCCACCCCACGGCGAAGGCGCCACGCAGCGGCUGAAAGGUGCGGAGAGGCAAAAUGGCGUCACCGCAGAUGUGUCGUCGCGGGAGAAGCCCGCACCGGCGGGGACGGACGCCGCCCUCCCGCCUGAAGAAGCGCCGCGGCAACCGACGGAGCAGCGGCGGUGCGAAGGGGUAGCGGAGGACGCGAGGCGAGGCGAGCGGCGAGGGGAGGGGCUGAAGAACGACGAAGCGCAGUGUUUGUCAUCGCCCGCGCCUGCCGUGCCGCCGCCGAGUGCGAAGGGCUCCCCGGCCGCAGACGCCGCCGACGCGCACGCCGCACCCACGAAGAGCCUCUCCCCAUUUCGCUCCAUCCCCGACUUGGGGGAGCCGCAACUCGUGCGCCUCUACGCCUUUGAGCUGGAGAAGCCACGGCCCACUUCGGAGGAUGGCCUCCGCCCAAGGACUCGCAUUGCACGCAGGCCCUUAUCGGCAACGGCGCCAGCUCGCUCUUCUGCACCAAAGCCACCGACGGCACAGGCGCGAAAGAAAAGCCCAAGUUAUGGAAAGCUGAUGCCGUCCGCGACGAGCUUGUCCCCUGCUGAGGGCCCCGUCUUAGUGGGUUCCUCGAAGAUCGCCACUGAGACGAGGCACCCCACUGAGAGCCACCUACGAACGGGCGGUAGUGGUGGUGGUGGCCGUCGGCCGUUGCCGUACCUGAGUGUCUACCAUGCAUGGCAGGGAGGGGGCAGCGGGCAAGUCGGCAGCGUGCUUCAGUCGCGCAGUGCCGCCGUGCCGGAGGAGGCGACGACGCAGAGCUCGCCGUGUCAGCAGGGCGGUCCGCAGGCGACCGCCACUUCAUCGCCGAAUCCCUCGCAGCCUUCCGGCGUGGAAGUUUAUGAGGCUUCCGGUAAGGGAGUGGCGGAGGCCGGUGACGGCGGCCCUCACCGCGACGGCCAUCGGGCAGAGAAGGAGGAAGAACACCGUGACAAACCUGUGCGCAAGCGUCAGAAGCUGGUGUCCACAGCGGCGUCCCUCCGGGGCUGCUUUGAUGGGGUGAAGAGUUACCACGAGGCCCGUGAGCUGCAUCAGCAAAUGGUGCAAAAGUUCCUUCGGCGUGAGGAGGAAGAGGAAGCCGAAAACGAGGACGAAGCCGAUGGCGAGGAGCGCGUGGCCGCGCAGGCACCUCAGGAGUGUGCCGCGCACAUGCUCGGACACCUUGAGGAGGCCUACUACGACUGGCUGGUCGAGCACCUUUGCAUUAAGCGGCGUCAUGUGCAGUUGGAGGAGGGCGACGCCCUGACGCCAACCGGCGUCGUCACGGGUGCAGAAGCCACCGGAGCGGAGAGUGGGGAGGGGACGGCGCAAGGCCAAACAGACAGCUCUGCGGCAGCGUGUCCGACCACGACGGUGUCGCUGCCGCUGCGGGCGCCGGUGUUGACGGAGCGGCUUGAGGCGGCGCUGAAGUUUGGCCGCGUCGACACACCACCCACCGCCACGCCAGAGACGGAAGAAAGCGGUGGUGGGGGGCGAGCCGAAGGAGCGGCGGCGGCGGCUCAACCGCCCAGCCCGGGCAAAGCAAACGGCGUUGGGGCCACAGCUGAGGAUGGCGGCCUGGCCGCACCUGUGGCCGCGGCGCAGGCCCCGUCCGUGACUCCCGUCGCCGUGGCCGCUGGCGGCGCUGCGUGUGGGCGGCUGCGCGAGACGGGGGAGGGCAGGGAGGCCGCUGAGCAGGAGGAGGCAUGGGCGCCGCAGCUGCCGCACGCGGACCCCCAGGCGGAACCCUUCAGGACGAAUGCCAACAACGUUAUCCCUGACACGAACACCCCACGUCCGCGCCGGGUUGGAUGCACGCUCGUGUUUCUCCGCGAGCGGCGCUGA